AUGAAUGUUUUGUCUUGGAACUGCCAAGGGCUAGGCAACCCUUGGACAGUUCGUGGUCUUAAAGGGCUUGAGUCCCUCAUUCAUCCCUCUUUGAUUUUUCUGUCCGAAACUAAAUGUACUGUGAGUGAGAUAGUGGAUGUCAGAGUUGAGCUGGGUUGGCGCAAUGCUUUUGUUGUUCCUUGUAAAAUUAGAAAUAAACGCGGUGGCAAAGGUGUGAGUAGGUCUGGCGGUUUAUGUCUUAUGUGGAAAGAUGAUGUUCAUGUGUCUCUUCGAAGUUACUCUGAUAAUCAUAUAGAUGUUGUAGUGGGAAGUGCUUCGAACCCGAAACGAUGGAGGUUCACCGGGGUUUAUGGCUUUCCGAAGACCGAAGACCGGCACCUUUCAAGAGUUAUCCACCAGAGUCCCAAUAAAUCUGACCACCUUCCAAUUUUGUUGGAGGUGGUUGAGAUGGGGUGGAGUUUUUGUGAAGGGGAUAAUCCGUUCUUGGUUGUUUGUGGAAAGAUUAAAGAAACGCGGCGUGCUUUGCAGGAAUGGAGUGAUGCCAAGUUUGGGUCUUUGAGGGAGGAUAUUUCAAUUUUGCGGGAUAAGUUAUCUGUCUUUUAUGAGCCUACCUUCUCUACUCCUCCUGAUGAGGUCCGGGUUCAGUUAGAGAAGGAGUUGGAUGAGCUUCUAAAAAAAGAGCAAGACUUUUGGCGGCAAAGAGCAAAGGUUUUUUGGCUUCAAGAGGGUGACCUGAACACUCGAUUUUUCCACCAACGUGCUAGUAAUAGGAGGAAGAAGAAUCGGGUUAAAGGCUUGUUCAAUGAUAAUGGAGUGUGGUGUACCAAUGAUGGGGAAAUUGAACAGAUUGUUUUGGGAUAUUUUCAAUCGUUGUUUAAUUCUUCUCAACCUCAGGGUAUUCAUGAGGUUGCUUCCUCUCUGCCUCCAUGUAUCACUGAUGAAAUGAAUGUGUGUCUUUCUAGGGAGAUUACAGUGGAUGAGGUGUAUAUGGCACUCAAACAAAUGCAUCCAGCUAAAGCACCUGGCCCGGAUGGCUUUGCUCCGUGCUUUUAUCAGCAUUUUUGGAAGUUGGUUGGCAAUGAUGUGACUAAGGCUAUCUGCUGCUUUAUGGAGUCUGAUGAUCUGUUACGUAGCGUGAAUCACACUAAUGUUACACUGAUUCCGAAAGUUAAAGCCCCGGAGUUUAUCCAUCAGCUUCGCCCUAUCAGCCUCUGCAAUGUUAUUUAUAAACUGGGUUCUAAAGUCCUUGCUAAUCGCGUGAAGCCACUGUUGAAGAGCAUCAUCUCACCAUUCCAAAGCGCCUUUGUGCCGGGAAGGCUGAUAUCGGACAAUUCCCUGGCUGCUUUUGAAAUCUCCCAUUUUCUCAAGAAACGUAGGAGGGGACAUGUGGGGUUUGGGGCUUUGAAGUUAGAUAUGAGUAAGGCGUACGACCGGGUUGAGUGGUCGUUCCUACAAUCUGUGCUUUUGCAGCUUGGCUUCAGUGUUGUGUGGGUAAACUGGGUUAUGAGAUGUGUUCGGACUGUUUCGUAUUCAUUUGUUAUCAAUGGGGUCCCCAGAGGUCGAGUUAUUCCGGAACGGGGUCUUCGUCAAGGGGAUUCUAUAUCCCCCUAUCUCUUUCUGGUUUGUGCAGAGGCGUUAUCUAAGAUGAUACUAAGAGCCGAAGAAGACCAGAGGAUUCACGGUGUCCGUUUAUGUACAGGUGCUCCCUCUAUCUCACAUUUGUUUUUUGCUGAUGACGCUUUCAUCUUUUUCAAAGCAGAAUUGGAGGAAUGCCUUGUCUUUAAAGAGAUUUUUGACAAGUAUGAAAAAGCAUCGGGCCAAGCUAUUAAUUAUCAGAAAAGCUGCAUCUCUUUUAGUAAAAAUGUUAGGAGAGAUAAACAGAAUGGCUUGGCAGAUGUUCGAAAGAAGACACAAGGGUGGAGGGAGAAGUACUUGAGCGCAACUGGGAAAGAGAUCAUGAUUAAGGCCGUGACUCAAUCGAUUCCGACUUAUGUCAUGAGUUGUUUUGAAUUACCUAAACACCUGUGCUUUGAAAUGCAUAGACUGAUGGCUCGUUUCUGGUGGGGUGAUAAGGUGAAUGAGAAGAAGAUCCAUUGGUUAGCAUGGGAAAAGUUGUGUGUGCCUAAAUCAGAGGGAGGACUGGGGUUUCGUAAUAUGGUCCAUUUUAAUCAAGCUUUGCUUGCAAAGCAAGGCUGGCGACUUUUGCAAAAUCCUGACUCUUUGCUAGCACGGUUGUACAAGUCACGCUAUUACCCGAACUGUGACUUCUUGGAUGCCCAAUUGUCCAAUGGUGCAUCCUAUGCUUGGAGGAGUAUUAUGUUCGGAAAGGAGCUGCUUCACAAAGGGGUUCGUUAUCAAGUUGGAGAUGGUACUCGUAUCUCAGUGUGGGAGGAUCCAUGGCUACCUCUACCCUACAGUUUCAAGCCAUUCUCUCCACCGAUGGAAGGGUUGGAAACUUUGAAAGUAGCGGAUCUUAUUGAUGAGCAUGAGUGGGUGGUGCCCUUUCUUGAUGAGAUUUUCACUCCUCUGGAAGUGAGCCUAAUAGCCCAGAUUCCUCUUAGCAUCAGAGGUGCGGUUGAUCGAGUUGUAUGGCAUUAUGAUAAGAAGGGGGUAUACAGUGUUCGAAAUGGUUAUCAUAUUGCCCGGAUGGAGGAGGGCAAAUCUGAUCAGAGGUCUACUUCGGUGGGAACGGUGGGUACGAAGGGGAAAUAUUGGAAGCUGAUUUGGAACUCCAAAGUUCCUCCGAAGGAUCGUGUGUUCAUGUGGAGAUUAAUGAAAGAAAUAUUGCCCACAAGAGGGCUACUGGCUAAGAGAAUUUAUCUCCCGGACUCCUGCUGCGUGUUUUGUCAUAAGGAACUUGAGAUUGGCAUGCAUUUCUUCCGUGAUUGUGACGUAGUUGCAUGGUUCUGGGUCUUCACGUCUCUGGGUUUAAAGGCAAGGAAUGUUCUAGCAAGUUCUUUAGAGGAAUGGAUAAUGAAUGUAGUGGACAUACUUAAUGAUGGUCAAAGGUGUGCUUUCUUUAUGGCAUUAUGGGUCAUAUGGUCUGAACGCAACAAUAUAGUGUGGAAGGGAAGUGUGUUUAAUGCUGCAUGUGCUGCGCAAUGGGCCCAGAAAUAUCUAGAACAUUACCAAAGUCUCCAUAAUCAUGGGAAGACCACGUGUAGAAGGAAAUUGGCUAAGUGGGAGAAUCCACCUAGUGGCAGACUCAAGGUUAAUGUGGAUGGAAGUUUCUGUGCUGACCACGGGGAUGGUGGUGUGGGUGUGGUAAUUCGUGAUGAAUAUGGUACUUGUCUGGCUGCUUUUGCGAGGCACUUUCCUCAUGUCUCUUCUGCUCUUCAUAUGGAGGCUGAGGCUGCUAGGGCAGGUAUCCUUCUUGCUAUUCACCAAGAUUUCUCUGCUUUUGAUUUAGAGUGUGACUGCUCUAUUGUGGUGAAUGCCUUGAAACAUGGGAUGGAAGAUAGAUCUGAUAUAGGGCGGAUUAUCGAAGAUUGUAAGUCUUAUUUGACGUCGUUACACUCUGUUCAGAUUAGGCAUAUUUUCCGGGAAGCAAAUGGUGUAGCCAAUAGGCUUGCUCACCUUGCUAGUAUGAAUUAUCUUGACGAUGUAUGGUUAGAUGAGUCUCCUGCGAUUAUCCAGGAUGUACUCUACGAAGAUUCUUGUACUAUUGCUAGAGGUCAAGGUUAUAUGUCCCCCUCUAUGCAUAUUUCAAUUAUUAAUUAA